UUGGCGGCGGCUGUCGCGGCGGCGGAGGCGGCCCCGGGCUCCGGCGGCUGGGAUGGAGCAGAAGUGCGCCGGGCGCCGGAGGACGAGCAGCUGACGGAGCCGCGCGGCGCUCGCCUCGCUUCCCCUGCCGCCGCCCCGGCCGCCCGGCUCCCGCCGCAGCCCGCGGGCCGAGGAGAAGCUGCCCGCGCCCAGGGGCGCUCGGUCAGUCCCGGCAAACUCUCCCGCCGCCCGCGCCGGGCUCGGCACCAAGUACCAGGGUACCAUGGUCUGCAAGACCCUCUUCGCUCUCUGCAUCUUCACGGCAGGGCUGAGGCUACUGAGCGUGUCUGCAUCCAUCCUCUCCACUGACUCUCUUCUGCCAGAGACCACCCCACCGACAGCCAUCUGGACCAGCUCUCCGCAAAGCCCUCCUGCCUCCCCUUCCAGUGGCCCACCCAACAGCUCAGUCCUCCCAGAUUCAACACUGGUCCCCACAUCUCCACCCACAAAGAACAUCUCCACAGAGCCCAGAGAAGAGCAGUCCACCAGCCCCACCUCCAACUGGGAGGGCACAGACCCUUCCCCAACAAGCGGUGGGGUCCACUUAACACCCACGCCCGAGGAACACAGCUCAGGCACUCCGGAGGCCGGCGUGCCCACUACGGGAUCGCACCUGCCCGCUGAGUCUCCCACACUCACCUCCCCUCAAGUGCCAGCCUCAUCACCCUCACCCCCAUCAACCUCUCCACCUGAGGUUCCAUCUGCCUCCGUCAGCACCAGCCACAGCUCUGCUGAGACCAGCGCCGAGCCCACAGGAGCCCCAACCACACCAGAGUCCCACACGGAAGGGCACAGCUCUACCCACACACCUACUUCACAUGCCUCGGCCGAGUCAGUGCCCACGGAGGCCACGCCCCAAGCAACUGUGCCCCCCAAAGUGACCUGUAUACUGAUAGACAUGGAGACCACCACCACCUCCCCUGGAGUGAUCAUGCAAGAAGUGGAGCAUGCGCUAAGUUCAGGCAGCAUCGCCGCCAUCACGGUGACGGUCAUUACUGUGGUGUUACUGGUGUUUGGAGUUGCAGCGUAUCUGAAGAUCAGGCAUUCUUCCUACGGAAGGCUCUUGGACGACCAUGACUACGGGUCCUGGGGAAACUACAACAACCCUCUGUAUGACGACUCCUAACGAAAGAACGUGCCCGGGAUGAGGAAUAACUGUCUUUAUUUAUCAGUGCUUAUCCAGUAGAAUUAAUAACAAGUACCUGAGGCGCCUUGAGCGACAAUCCUGUUUUGUUGGUUUGGUUGUUUUGUUUUUUUUCCUCCCUCUCCUCUGGCUGCUGCAACUUCUCCUUUCUGGUACCAAAAAAACAAAAAAACAAAAUUAUUUAAAAGUGAGUGGAGUCUGAUAUGCAGCGGACCUGGGCCAACCCUGAGCCGUCCAGGCUGGACGCCACGGUGGUGACGUCUGUACCUAGCGGGGGUCCCACCGAGAGAAGAACCAGGAAGAGGGAUGGAUCAAGUUGUGUCAUCAGGGGUUAAUUUUAGGGGAACUUUCUGUGUGUGGUAUUUCUUAAACUUUUCUUUAUGAAGUUACAUUAAAUCUCCAUGAGGGUGGGGAGGAGUUUGCCCUACAGGUAAGGAAGCAGGGGUUUCUCAGAUUCCUUUUUAAUCUUGGUUUAUCUGGUUGUGUCUGAUCGGAUACCUGCUUGGCUCUGCAAGCUGGAGGCCAGCUUCUUAGCUGUCUAAUUAGGGAGAGAGGAAGCAAGAAGGUGCCCUGGAGGGGACCAGCCGGCCGAGUACUACUACAGAGUAGCAGACUGCUGUCGGAUCUCAGCGUGCCAGCCCCUCGGCCCCCCCUCCAGGCCAUCUGUGUCUGCUAAGGAUGCCCGGUUAUCUAGCCAACUGCAGCUGGGACCCCAGCCCGCAAGCUUUCGGUGGAGUUGCGGUUCCACAGAAGAAGGCUGUGCAAUGAGUUUAGUUGUAGGAGAGAAAGAGAGAGGCGUGUGGAGUGAGUGUAGGGUGGGGGGUCAUGGAGGAGGGCGGGAGGGAAGUGGGGCAACAUGCAUUGAAUACCUCAUUAAGGAAGGUAGGAUCAGCCCCCAGUGACUGUCAGAAGCAUCUGCUGCAUGGAGGAACCUGUAGAAUCCUUGCUUUCUACCCACAAAGCAACUGGUUCACUGCCUUACUGUCUGUUGGAUAAUGGCUGUAAACUUUUUUUUUUUUUUUUUAAUUUUUUAAAGGCACUAGUUUUUCUGCAAUUACUCAGUGAGCCUUUUCCAUAGGAAAUGGACACCAUGAUUAAUCCAUUUAUUUUCCCCAAACGCUUACCUUACUAAUUCUGCCAUUUAAUAGAUGAACACCCCUGGGUACACAGUUUUAAAAUCCUGUGUCACGAAUUUUGAGAAAGAACUGAUUGUCUUUGUGGUCAUCCAUUUCCGGCCAUGUUCUCAACAGCAGGUAAUUGCAUCCCACUGCCCCACUGGGAACAUUUGAAAAUGCCUGGUAUAAUUUUUGAGUGUCACCCCUUAGGGGUGCUAGAGGCCAUGGGUAGAGGCCAUGGAUGUGCUGAAUAUCCCACAAUGUAGAAGAUAGCCCACCCUAACUGGGAGUUAUCUGGCCGCAAAUGUCACUAGUGCCAAGUGUGAGAAACCCUAAUUUAUUGUGAUGCCCAUUGUGACAAAGCAAGACGUUCCAGGUUAGUGAUAGUUUUUACUUUUAACUAAAUGAAAUGAUUCGUUAACUUUUUAUCUGAAAAGUAUUUAGUUUGUUGGCAUUGUGUUUAAAGUAUUUAGUUUGAUGAGCUGUUUUUGCGCAUGAUUGCCUUUUUAUUCCUCUGUGUUUUCUAGAUAGCUUUAUUUCAUGGCUCUAACCCUGUCCUCCUGAAACACCUGGUGAUAGCAACUGUCAUCUUAUGUCUGAUUUCAUGGCGUACAAAAUAUACAUUAAGUUCUGUUUCAAAAUGUGUUCUCUUGUCCGACGCUAUCAUACAGAAAGUGAAACUGCAUUUUUUUAUUUCUAAACUUGGACCUGCUGCCAUGACUCUGUUUAGUUUCCAGAAACUUGACCUUGGACUCAUCCUGUCACUUGCUGUGACCUAAUGAAGUACCGACAUGGAAACGGCCACUGCCAGGCAGUUCUAAACCUCUCUGGUGUCAGAAACAUUAGACCUGUGCUACUUUCCACAGCCUGCCAACCCCUGGCUCUGAAAGAAAUUAAUCCUAAACUCCCUAGGUACCAAAGGAGAGUGAGCAACCCCUAGAUAAGUAUUUUAUAACAGGAGGAGGGAAUGAGAAGUAGGCUUCCAGGAAUUCUCAUAUCUCUGAUUUUGAAAAUUUUUAAAAAGUGGACUUUCUCAGAAAAGUGGCCAGGAAUGACCGAGGAUGCCCCCUUUUAGCAAUGCUUGGCCUGAAUAACUGUCCCUCUUUCCUUCCCAUAGCCUUACCCCCAUAGGCUUUCGGUUUGGCAAAGGACACUUCAACAAAAACAAAGGACUUUCCAUAUAUUUUCUCUUCACUCGGACACGGAUAUGUUGACAAAAUGUUUAUGAAGCCCCUUUGGAGAGGUGGUCUUCUGGAUGUUGCUUCAGUCAAAAACACUUAGGUGAGAGGGACCAGCCUCUUCCCAGGGAAUCCUGACCAAUUAUAAAUCACUGGGUCAGCAAGCAGCUUUCCUCACCAAGGUUGCUGUUGUCCAAGAGCCUUUGAUAGGUUGGUUGCUCUUAUGAACUUCAGGAUCUUUAUGAUAAAGAGAGGGCUCUGGACCUGCAGCACAUGCAUUCUGCAAGGUGACAGCUUCCCCUAAACCCUCGGGAAGUCCUUGUUAUGCUAGUAGAAAAUACCUAUGGGUUGAACCUUAUUUUGCCAAGUGCAUUUUUCUGUUUUUGAGUUGGCCAAAAAUGUUAACAACUGCAUUCAACACACACACGCACACAACAUAUGCCAAUAAGUGACGUCCUUUAUCUCAGGGAGCGAGUCUGUUCAGGUCUACAUAAGGGAAAUGACUCCAGUGGGUCCAAAACAACUACACACCAUCCAGGCACUGGACUAGUCAGAAAGUGUUAGAGAGAAUGUCACUAACACUAGAAGAAGCCCCUUCUAGAAUACAGGUUACAAACGCUGACAGAAUGGGCUUCAACCUUGUUUUCUUGUGGCCCUGAUGAAGGCUCUGGCCCUCCCUGGACGUCUGUGUCUUCAUUUCUUAGGCGGGCGUGAUGGUGUCCUAUGGACCUCACCCCAUGCUACCUCACAAAUCUGCUGUGAGGAUUAAUGAAGUCAUGUCUACAGUGUUUUCAGUUUCUGGAGAAAAAUAUUUAUAGACAUUUUAAGUAUUACAUAGAUGUAUAAGUGAUCUUGGUUUCUUGUUUGGUGUGUUGUUUUUACUAAAAUGUGUAAAAUGACACCUGUAUAAUAGCUACAUACAGACAGCUCUUAGAGCUCUGAGCUAUGCCCCAGUGCUCCUGCCUGACUUCCUGGGACCACAAAGGAGGGUUUCCAUCCCUGAAUGAAAGGAUGGCCCAGGACGCAGGUCUCACAGACUGUUGAGUUAGGGUAACACGUGUGGAUAUCUGAGCGCUAACAGCGUGGACCUGGCCUUUACCAUCCCAAAGUCUUCUGAGUUCUCUGUGGAGUUGAUUUGGGUUUACCAUCAUCUGUUUGCCCUUUGUCUUGCUUGCAGGGGUGCAUGGUUCAAUCCUUCGCAUCUGGGAAAUGAAUUUUGCGACUGGGCCAGAUGCUAAUUUGCACGUUGAUUCACCUUCUUUGCCUUUUACCUCUUUUGGCAAAUGAAUGUACCAUUUCAACUUGGAUUUUUAAGUGCUAGGUGAUAUUGGUAAUAGUGCUAACCAAGAGACCAGUGCCAGAUUGCUUUCUUGGGGUAAGCCCACACCAUUUAAAGAUGGAAAGACGUGCAACUUCUUUGCUAUUUGAUGUCAUUGUAUCUACAUUUGUUGUAAGACCUAUUGCAUACUAAUGAUAAUUAUAUCAAUUAAAGUUCUUAAAAGCUCGCA